UGAUAGUAUUAAUCAGGUGGCAUUGACAUAAUUAAAAAAACAGGUGACUGAAAUUAGAAAUGAAUUUUUCUAAAAUAAUGCAAAUUAAUUUGAGCCCUCUCCCUAUUAUGAAAAAAAAAAAAAUCAAAUAGCACAUUUUUAUUAAGUUCGCUUGUGGUGGUAAUAAACUACGUUCAACUGGCACACCAUUUAUAUAUUAAUGGUUUGGAAUGUUUGAAAAGUACAUAUCAAUAUUUCUUGCAAGAAAAUACUGAAACAAGUUUUGUCAGACUAUAUACCAUGAUUAUAUCUACGAAAAACACAUUUUCCAAAGCCUGAAAGAAGCAGAUGCAUAUACAAAAGUAGAGCAUUCAGCAGUAACUUUAUCCAGAAAUCAUAAAGUACAGUACGCUACUUAUACUGAUUUGGCGGCGGCUGCUCUAAUAUUAUUAUUAUUAUCUCUUUAUUCACGCCCAAUGCAACGUCUGGCCUUUCAGAUACUCCAUCAUCAUCAUCUAUCUUCCAAAGUAAUUAGUAUAAAUAGAAUUGUACCCAUGGUGGUCAAUUACUACAAUUCAUUAGUGAAGAACAAUGGAAGGAGAAGUUGCAAUUUCGUCUAGGCAUUUUUUCAAGAUCAUGAUGCCUGGUUUCAAAGAUGAAUUGAUUCUACCACGGUCUGUUUGUAAGAAGCUAAAACAAGUGAAUAUGAUGAAGCUGGUAGCAAUCUUGAAAAGUGGUAAAGAGAGUUGGAAGAUAGAUCAAGUGUGCAGAUCAAACAAUGAAGAUGGUCUGAUGUGUCUGAAAGGUGAAGGAUGGACUCAAUUUGUGGAUCACCAUAAAUUGUCUGUUGCAGAUUUUCUAGUGUUUGAAUACAACAUUAAUAUUACUACUACUGCACCUCAACUCCACUUGAAUCUCUUGCUCUUUCAUACCUCCUCUGCCUCUGAAAAGGACUUUCUUCUUCACUCCCAUAAUAAACACCGUCAUCACCACUCCUCCACCAACAACACUACUCCUAGUACUAGAGAAUCGGACAAGGAUUCAGUUGAAUCGGACCGGAGACAAAACUCUGAAUUUUUCUUGACAAUGAAACCUUCUCAUGCUUGCAAACAUGCACCCAAAGUGACAAUUCCAGCAGAAUUUGUGAGAUGGAACAAUCUGAGCAAGAUAUCUCGUAUAACACUAAGAGAUCCAUAUGGUAUAGCAUGGCCGGUGAAACUUGUGUAUGAAACAAUUGGUAAAUUCCCACUCCGAAUGGGCACUGGUUGGCCAGAUUUUUACGCUGCCAACAACCUCAAGAAUGGAGAUGUUUGUCGAUUUCAACUCAAUCCUUGUUUGCUCAAGUCCAAAUCUGUUGUAUUCGACGUCAAGAUUUUUCCUGCAAACCCAAACAACACCAACACUAGUACUGGUAAUUAA